AUGAAGCAGUUGAUUCUUCUGAUCCUUUGUGUUUGGCUGGCCAGUGGAUUGAAAAGAGUCCCCUUGAAGAAACACAAAUCUUUGCGGAAAACAUUGAGGGAACAUGGGCAGCUGUCUCAGUUUUGGAAGACCCACAAACUGGAUAUGAUCCAAUACACCCAGGACUGCUCAGCGAUCCAGGAAGUCAAUGAACCCCUCCUUAACUAUUUUGAUGUGGAAUAUUUUGGACAGAUCUCUAUUGGGACUCCUCCUCAGAAUUUCACCGUGCUCUUUGAUACUGGUUCCGCCAACCUCUGGGUUCCAUCUGUUUACUGUGUCAGCAAAGCUUGUGCUGCACAUUCCAGAUUCCACCCUAUAGAUUCCAGCACCUACAGUGAAGUGGGGACUUCUUUUUCCAUUCAAUAUGGUACCGGAAGCUUGACAGGACUAAUUGGGACGGAUCAAGUGACUGUUGAAGGAAUCACGGUAGCCAAUCAGCAGUUUGCAGAGAGUGUCAGUGAGCCUGGCAACACCUUUUUGGAUGCUGAAUUUGAUGGGAUUCUUGGUCUAGCCUAUCCAUCCCUGGCAGUGGAUGGAGUCACUCCAGUCUUUGAUAAUAUGAUGGCCCAAGAUCUGGUGGACUUGCCCAUAUUCUCUGUUUACAUGAGCAGGAACGCAGACUCCUCUGUAGGAGGGGAACUGAUUUUUGGUGGCUUUGAUCCCUCCCAUUUCAGUGGCAACCUCAACUGGGUUCCAGUCACUAAACAGGGAUACUGGCAGAUCCAGCUGGAUAAUAUCCAGGUUGGUGGUACAGUUCAAUUCUGUGCAGAAGGAUGCCAAGCUAUAGUGGACACAGGGACCUCUCUUAUCACAGGUCCUUCUGAGCACAUAAAGGAGAUGCAGAAAUUAAUUGGGGCAGUACCUAUGGAUGGAGAGUAUGCUGUGGAAUGCAACAACCUGAAUGUGAUGCCUGAUGUUACUUUUACAAUCAAUGGGAUUCCUUAUACUCUUACCCCAGAGGCCUACACCCUCAUCAUGGGCAAUAGCGACGGGAUGGCACUGUGCAGCAGCGGCUUCCAAGGCCUAGACAUGCAAACCCCAUCUGGACCACUUUGGAUUCUGGGAGAUGUUUUUAUUGGCCAGUACUACUCUGUCUUUGACCGUGGGAAUAACAGAGUAGGUCUGGCUCCUGUUGUCCCAUAA